AUGUCCAUCAACGAACAAGAUAUUCUAGAGAAGGUGAUGCUUUCCAUAAGUGAUUUUUUCUCAUUAGAACCUAGACAGAAAUGUAGAGGAGGAACUGUUUUAAAAAGUGCUUACAAAGAUAUAUUAUCUUUUUUAAAGUUGAAGAGAUCGAAAAACCAAGUGAAAUUUUUAUCCGAUGAUUUUGAUUCCAAGCAUCAAAAUCACAAUGACCCUUUUGAUUAUAUGAGUUAUGAGAAGCUUCCUAAUCAAAUGGAAAAUUCUAUGUUUCUUUCUACUCAACCCUCUGCUCCACCAAUUCCAGAUUCUGCCACUAUUGGAAUAUUCAAAGCUACUGUGUUAUCUAACCUUGACAUUGAUUAUAUUCCUUUGUUAGAAAAAGUUUGUAAUAUUCAUCCUUGUUUAAUAGAGUGCCAAAGGAAAAGGACUCCAAUGUAUGCGAGUUGGGCUUUUACAUCACUUGGAAGGGUUUUGCAUUUCCUUGAGAUCACAAAGGUGGAGGAAAUGAAUGAAGAAGAAAGUGAAUGGCUUCAAAAAUUGUGGGAAGAAGUUCAAGUAUUUGGAUUUGACUUGUCAUGGCUUGCACCUCAAGUGGAGUUUGUUUUGAAGUAUGUGAUGAAAAUGAGCAAAAUGAAUAAACUUGAGGAGGAAAAAAAGAGGCUAGAGGUGAGAAUUAAAGAAUUAAGGAUGGAAUUGUUUGAGUUCUAA